AUGCGGCAAAUGCUUAUUUCAAGACAUCAAAGUGCCCACACACAAAAAACUUGCAAUCAUAUUGCCCGUCAAAAUGAUUGUUGGUAGGCCAUCGGGGUUUGCCUGUGGAGUUCUGCGGUAACGACAAGUGUGCAGACUUCCAUUGAAGUGCAUGUGCUCGGCUUAAAAUUUAAGGGCGGGAGGAUACCGCCACCAAGAUUGGACUACAAGUGUGCAGAUAGCCUUAGGUUGGCCUGUAAAAUAAUUUACACGAACAAAUAUUUGGAGAAAAAUCGAGUACUAAGCUCGGUAUGAACACCGCUAUUGAAUCAUUGGGCAGCCAACACUUUUUUCAGUGUAACGUAGCACUGCCAUAUGUUUUGAAAUGCUCAUAAUACAAAGACUGUUUAAAUUCCUUUAUCCUUAAUUCGUCCAUAAAAUAAUUUUUAUUUGAAAGAUUUAUUUAAAAUGUAUCACAUGGCAUAACUUAUUACUUAAUUAGAACACUUUAAGUCAGCUCGCCUCCUUUGGUUUCACGUCAUGUUGGGACGCGUGGCAACUACAGUUAGUAAUUUUCGUUCUAUGCUGUUCGUUUAUGUAGUGAGGUCGCUGCCUUCUUUUUCUUUGAUUAUAAAAUAAUAAAAUUAAUAAUAAUAGUAUAAAAGUGUCGUAAAUAUAUAAGAUAAAGGAAAACUAAUCAAUUAUUGUGCAAGUGUUUGAAAAGAACACGCAAAUUGUGCUGAGAUCGUCAAUAGAAAUGACCAAAUUUUGUCUACGUCUGAACGCAGAGGAGCAAAGCAUAAGUUUUUGAAUCAUUGAAUACCAAACCUUGGAUUCCAACGUUUUUCAUAUCAAUAUGCUCAACGGCAUUGAAGCUGUCAUCAUAACAAAAUGAAAAAAAUUACUUAUUCAAAAACUAAUAUUUCAACCACCAUGGGUCAUUUUAAUCCGAAUGAAACGGAUAAAGAUUAAGAAAAAAUCCUUAAGAAAAGAAGGUUGGUUGGGGGGAAAAAAUAAAUAAAGAAAAUAAAAAUGAGCGCUGACGGCCUCACUUGCGAUUGCACAGUAAUGCAGCGAUUACAACACCAAUGUCAAAAUGGACAAAAGCAAAGCCAGCUACGACCAAAGCGAUCGCAGUGGCGCGCAACGGAAGUGAGCACCGUGACCACUAACAAAAAUAAGAGCAAAACAAAGAGCAGCAGAAACAGCAGUAGUAGCGACACGAGCUGCAGCAACAUUAAUUGGCACGCGAAAAUUGCAAAGCAAUGGCAAAGGAGCAAAAAGUCAAUGACUGUGCAAAUGGAACAUGAAAAUAACAGUACUCGCACUAAUUAUUACAAUUUCAAUAAUAUCAAUCGAUUACUAAUUGCCACUGUCGUACUGUUGAUAACACUGGCAGCAACAACAACAACAACCACUACUACAACUGCUACAAUUAUGAUAACAGCUGUGUCAACAAAGACUGCAACAGCAACAUUAAACGGCCUAUUGACAACUGCUGUACCAGCGGUAGCGCUCUCUUUCGCAUUCGCGCCCAUCUCACUAAUUGGUCAUAUGACUUUGGCGACAGCAGCAGCAGUGCCCAUCUCGUCGCCUCUAUCCUCGUUACAACAGGAACGUCAAUUCCAACAACAACAAUUGUUUGCGAUGCUGACGAAAAAUCGUCAAGGUAACGCUGCCGAAGUGAUUGCUGCUGAUGGUGGCACGGACGUGGGCGGUGCCGUAGAAGGAGUGGCAGCCUCAGCGAUGGCUGCUGGAUUUGUUCCAAAGCAUUUAUUAGACUUGGAUGCGGCCGCUCCAGUGGCGGCAGAUGCAGAUGCAGAUACUUCAUUGGAGACAGCUGGUUUUGUGGCCGAUGAUGGUCAGCGGUAUGAAAAGGCGGUGAAAGCGUUAGCUGCCGCCGUUAAUAGCAAAGCCGGUGGAAAUAGUAACGAUAGCAAUGGCAGCGGUGGCGGCGGCCGACUGUUUGGUGUGGGCACAUCAACGGAUUGUCCAAAGGAAUGCAAAUGCUUGGAUGCGUACUUCGAUUGUGGUGAUAAACUUUUGGAUCGUGUCCCCAUAUUGCCCGGCUACGUGCAAACGCUCGAUCUGGUUGGUAAUAAACUGAAUAAUACAAGUGUGCUGCAGAUAAUGAAUCUAACGGAAUUAAUAAAACUCACGCUAAAACGCAACCAACUGGAAAGUGUUCCCGUAUUCAGUGAGCUCAGCGCUUUAAAGCAGCUCAAUUUAGCUAAUAAUCGUAUACAACGUAUUAGUAGCGCGGCAUUGGAAGCCUUACCGAAGCUGAAAUCGUUAGAUUUGUCCAGAAAUUUUUUACACGCUAUAGAGUCCAGUUAUUUUCCGCCAAACAACCGUUUGGCGCAUCUCAUACUCAACUCAAAUGAAAUUGGUACUAUUGAUGAAGACGCCUUUCAGCACUUAGGCGAUUUAUUGGACUUGGAAUUGAACAACAAUCGCCUAAUGACAUUGCCGGCAGGGGUUUUUCGUACUUUACACAAAUUGCGGAAACUCUCGUUAAAUAACAAUCAGCUUGAAAUCAAUUGGUCAACAUUUCGCGGUUUGCCAUCAAUUCAAAAGCUCUUUCUCAAAUCCAAUAACAUACGCGCUCUGCAAGAUGGCGUUUUCUAUGUAAUGCACGCCAUCGAAACGAUUGAAUUGGACCAUAAUGGCAUCACAUCGCUUAGCCGUCAGGGGCUCUUCAAUCUCACAAAAUUGCAUCACUUGAGCUUAUCAAAUAAUUCCAUCUCGCGCAUUGAGCCAGACACUUGGGAAUUCACGCAGUCACUAAUUUCGCUCGAUUUGUCACACAACAACAUCAGCGAAUUCAAGCCGCAGCACUUGGAUUGUCUUAAACGUUUGCGACACCUGAAUUUGGGUCACAACAAAAUCCAAUAUCUGGCAGAGAACACAUUUGAUUGUGUGAAAAAUUUAGAGGAUUUGAAUUUGCGUCGCAACAAACUCGCCUGGAUCAUUGAGGAUCAGGGCGCUACGCCUGCGUUUAAAGCAUUACGCAAGCUAAAAAAGUUGGACUUGUAUGGCAAUAACUUGAAGCAGAUCAUGAGCAAAUCGCUUAGCGGCCUCGGAAAUUUAGAGUCCCUCAACUUGGGUGGCAAUGCAUUGGCCACCAUACAGUCGGGCGCCUUCGACCACAUGCCACAUCUGCAGAAGUUAAGCUUUAAAUCUUUGAAUUUUAUCUGCGACUGUGAGUUACUCUGGUUCCAACGUUGGCUGCGUCACAAUGAACAAUCGACCAUCGGCACGCAAGUGCAAACGGAAAAUGCGGUGUGCGGCUAUCCGGAGGCGUUGUUCGAUCGUCAUCUUCUGACGUUGAACGCCAACGAGUUGGAGUGUGCCAACUCACCCAAACCCACCAUCGUACAAGAGCCAUCUACUCAGCUCACUGUGAAGGGUGCGAAUAUCACAAUGGAAUGCAUUGGAAUUUCACCAACGGCAGCAUCGUUGGCUGCCGCCGACGAGCUAAAGAUUAAGUGGCGUCACGAUAAUCAAAAUAUACGCGAACGCGAGCGUGGCCACUUUUUCACACCGCAUCACAGUGGCGCUGUAGCAAGCGGAGACAGUUACAGCACUACGGAAACCCGAAUACGUCAAGAUCACGCUACCAAUCAGACUACCAUAAUUGGUUAUUUGCGACUGUACAACGUCAGCUAUGCGAAUGCGGGACGCUAUCAGUGUGUUAUAUCCAACGCCUUCGGCACGACGUAUUCACAGAAAUUUAAAAUUUCAAUUGGAAUACAUCCAACCUUCCUGCAAAUACCCUCAAACUUAACCAUUGAUUCAGGCGACACAGCGCGUUUAGUUUGUUCGGCCACUGGUGACCCAGUUCCGGAGAUAGCCUUGCAAAAGUCCGGCGGAAGCGAUUUUCCCGCCGCAACAGAGCGGCGACUUCAAGUCAUACGCGAGGAGAAUGCCUUUAUAAUUACCAAUGCGAAGCCAAUUGACACUGGCAUUUACACAUGCACAGCUGAAAGUGCGGCGGGUGAAAUAAAAGUCAAUGCCACAUUGGUGGUAAAUGACAAGCCUCAACCUAACAUACCGGUUGUCAGAAAGGAAACUGUGGUGGGUGAAUCGAGCGUAUUGCAGUGUCUAAGUGACUUGGCUGCCGAUAUGAGUCAGCCGCAUCGCGAGUGGUUCAAAGACAACAAGCCAUUCCAUUUAGGAACGCUCAGCGCCGAUGCGGAGCGUUACUUCUUCACUUCCGAUCAUGAAAUUUUGGUUAUUGUGAACACAGAAUCGGCUGAUUCGGGCCAUUAUCGCUGCGAGAUAAGCGACAAUUCCAAAACGUAUACAGUACAAACUGAGCUGAUUGUUGUAAAGGAGGAACUGAGUCAGAAUAUGAUAUUUUUUGGUGUUGUCAUCGUGGCCGCGCUCUGCGUACUCAUUAUAGCGCUAGUGGCGUUUGCGCUGAUUCUGUACCAGCGACGCAAGGCGCUCAAACGACGUCGUGAAACGAGUCACAAUGCCAACAGUAUCAGCGGUGCACCCAGUGGUCUGCUUUCCGGCAGUGCGGGUCUAAUUGGUGGUGGUGCACGCGUUGCUUCGACCAGCUCGCAACUUCUCAAUGGCAGUCGCGGCAGCGCCCUGGAUCAAACCCAACUCACCACCCUGAAUCGCACGCUACUGCAAAAGAUACCAAAAGACGCACAGCGAAAAAGACCACACAGUGUAGGGGAUUUCGAAGCGAAUGCCGCCAAUUGUGAAAGUGCUGAAGGGGGCUUGCAGAAUGCUGGUGAUGAAUACGACGCUGACAGACAUCCGCAACACUUGAUAAUUACUCCGACACCCAACUACCAACAGCUGUUGCAACAGCAUGUGGACAACGAUGCUCAAGCAGAUAUAGAGCACUUCACAUUGACGUAUUUGAAACGCAUUUCAUUGCCGGACAGCGCAGGCGUUACUGGUGACCACGCACAGGACCACUUAUCCAGCAAAGAUUCCGGCACAGGCUCAGAUACGGCGGUAAAACGAAGCAUUGAUGAUUUCACAAUGUCAGCGCUGCUGCCAACACCAACUGCUGGCGAAAUGCAACAGUCGGGUGAUAGCGCCACAACGCCGGUCAACGAGUCUACACCACAGGCGACGCGUCGUUACAAUGGUGGUUACCGCCUCGCCGGUAUAGAAAACUCUUAUCCCACGGACGAUGGCGGUGAUAUGGACGAUGCGGAUUUACUAUAUGCUGCAACGCAUGCGCUAGGCGUAUCUGAAUGCGACGUAGAAUUGCUAGAUUUCGACCGACAUAGAGCAGCUACUAUGAGAGUAAACGACAAGGAUCAGCACGUGGAGACUGAAAUGGAUCUAGAAGCCAAUGCGGAUGCGCUGGCAACUGAACGAACACACUUUUUACAUAACAGCAAUAACGACAACACAAGUGCGCGAAUCAGUGGUGGUGUCGGUGGCGGCAGGCAACAACACUACGAACGUUUAUCGACAACUUCAAAGCUACCCUAUCCCAACAACUACAGCGACAAUAGUUUUGAUGGCGGCGGUAGUGGGGAUGCUCGUUUAACCGCGCUCGGUGGUAAUUGUAAAGCCACAUUAAGUACAAACCCCAGGAGCAAUGCAGCGCAUGCGCAAACGGUUGAUAUUUAAGUACAUUUAUAAAUGGGGCAAUUCCUAAAAGUUGUGCACCCAUUGCUGCUAAAGCAUUAAGGGUGCAUAGUAGCGAGUUUGGCGCAGGAGCAGCAAGUGUGUUUACAGCCAGUGAUGAGUACACCAAAUAAGACUGUAGUCCAUUUAUACAGACAGCGCGUAUAUACAUAUAUAAAAAAAAAAAAAAUGUCUACCAAAGUAUCACAUUGAUACUACUGUAUAUUUAUAUACAUAUGUACAUACAUUCAUCCAGGAGUGCAUGUAUGAAUUGCAGAGAACCGAUAAAAAAAGUGUCAUAAAAAUAGCGCCGCAUUAUAUUGCGUUUAAUAAUAGUACAAAUUUCUAUGAAAAGUGAACAGUGACUGCUGCUUGAUUCACUUCAAUCGCAAAGUGCGACGGCAAUGCUCCAGCCUAGAAUUUGAGUUGUCGGCUAAACAUGUACAUCUAGGUGUGCAAUUUACUAACAAAUCUUACCAGUGUAAAACCAGGUGAGGAAAAGUUCUAUACAGGCAGGGCUUAGUCGUGCCACUACAACGACCACAACAACAGCAGCAUGCUCACUACAUCACUAUUAAAUUCUAAGCACACUUCAUUUGUUUUUGUUUAUUUUUUCUUUAUUUUACUUCUAUGCUAUUCUAAUUGUAUACGUAGAUACAUACAUACAUAUUUUAAAAAUAUAAUUAAGUUACAGCUAGAAACUGCAUUGUGAUAUUAUUUAUUACGCUAAUUUAAAUAAUUAUUUAAAUAAAUUAAUAUGUAUGACUAUGACAUCUGUCGAAUGCGGCUAUAGAAAUUGAAUUUUGCUAUAUUGUAUAAAACGCUUGACGCUAAUUUAUAUAUGGAAAGAGUGUCGCGUAUUUAUGUAUUUGUUAAGAUUAUUAUACAUACGUAUGUAGACUAUGUAUUUUUUGUAAAGAUACACAUUUAAAUACAUACUUACAUACAGCCACGUACAUAUAUAUGUAUGUAGUAUGUAGAUUUCUAACUUAAGUUGAAAGUUAUGCCAAACCACCUAAUUAAUUGCACGUAUUGUAAACAUUGCUUUAAGUAAACAUAUUUUUAAGUAAAAAGACUCAUAUACUACAUGAGUAUACUAUACAAAUAUUUGUAUGUAUGUAAAUACAGUUUUAAUUUAUAAAAAUUAACUUACGCAUGCUCAUAUACAUAUG